UGGGUGUUAAGGGGCGAGGCCACUCUGACUGUACAGCCAGCUUUCUCCUGGCAUGGCUCUGCAGGGGCACAGACCCUGGGAACGCGCUCCUGUUCGCUUUUUUUUUUUUUGGCCUGGCAGGCCUGUGCGGGCUCAGGUGUUAAAGGGUAGCUGUUAGACGUCAUUCGAGCUGCUUCUUCCUGCCACAUUAAGUGACUUUGGGAAAGUGGGGGAAACGUCUGAAGACCCUUGUAACGCUCCUGAGCAUAGUAGAAAGAAAUCCGUCACACUGAUACAUAGUGAUAUAUUGUACCAUAAUGUGUAAGGAGUCCAUUGGCAAAUGACACCCGGGUUAACAAGAAUAUGGCUUGACAGAAAAAGAAAAAAAAAUGCCCGAGGAUCCUUGGAUUUCUGCCGUGUGUGGUUGAAGACUAAUUUUAGAAAAUGCCAAGCAGGAAGUUCGCUGAGGGUGAAGUGGUCAGAGGUCGAUGGCCUGGCAGCUCCCUUUAUUAUGAAGUAGAAAUUCUGAGCCAUGACAGCAAAUCCCAGCUCUACACUGUAAAAUACAAAGAUGGCACCGAACUGGAACUGAAGGAGAGUGAUAUCAAGCCUUUAAAAUCCUUUAAGCAAAGAAAAAGUGGCUCCAUUUCCAGCUCUCCUUCGAGACGCCGCGGCAGCCGCUCAAGAUCGCGCUCCCGAUCCCCAGGCAGGGCACCAAAAGGCUCCAGAAGAUCCGCCUCUGCUUCCCGCCAGACUGACACUAAGGAGAAGGAGAUGAGGAGGGAAGUCCUGCAAGUUAAACUGACCCCGCUUGUGUUGAAGCCGUUUGGAAACAGCGUGAGCGUGUACAACGGGGAGCCCGAGCACACGGAGAAGAAUGCCACACCUUAUAAAAACAAGCAGGAAAGAGUCAUUUUGUCAACAGAAGACAGAUACAUAGCUACACAGUACAGCCUUCGUCCCAGGAGAGAAGAGAUCAAGGCCAAAGAAAUAGAGCCUGAGGAACAAAACCUGUUUACUAAAGGACCCGCACCUUUGGGAACCUUUCAAGUGGCCACUCCACAGAGGAAGGACUUGGAGUUUGGAGGAGCACCUGGUGCAUCUCUCCUCAUGGUGGGCCUGCCCACCUGCGUCCUCCUGCUGCUGCUGCAGUGCAGCCAGAAGGACCCUGGGCUGCUCCAGUUCCCUCCACCUCUGCCAGCUCUCCAUGAGCUGUGGGAAACCAGGGUGUGCGGCAUUUACCUCCUUUGGUUUUUCGUUCAAGCUCUCUUCCACCUUCUACCAGUCGGGAAGGUUGUAGAAGGAACACCUCUUGUUGAUGGAAGAAGACUCAAGUAUAGACUGAAUGGAUUAUAUGCGUUCGUCCUGACAUCUGCAGCCGUGGGAGCGGCUGUCUUCUGGGGUGUCGAGCUAUACUAUCUGUACACUCACUUCCUGCAGUUUGCAGUGGCAGCCACCGCGUUCUCCAUGGUCCUGAGUGCUUACCUCUACGCUCGCUCUUUGAAAGCCCCGAGGGAUGAGCUGUCACCUGCCAGUUCAGGAAAUGCGGUCUAUGACUUCUUCAUUGGCCGGGAGUUAAACCCUCGACUUGGUGCUUUUGAUCUCAAGUUCUUCUGUGAAUUGCGCCCCGGAUUGAUUGGAUGGGUGGUUAUUAACUUGGUGAUGCUACUGGCAGAAAUGAAAAUACAGGAACGUAGUGCCCCGUCCUUGGCAAUGAUCUUGGUGAACAGUUUCCAGCUCUUGUAUGUGGUAGAUUCCCUCUGGAAUGAGGAAGCGUUGCUGACUACCAUGGACAUCAUUCACGAUGGCUUUGGCUUCAUGCUGGCUUUUGGGGACUUAGUGUGGGUUCCAUUUACCUACAGCCUGCAGGCCUUUUACCUGGUCAGCCAUCCCCAUGACUUGUCCUGGCCACUGGCUUCUGUCAUCAUUGCUCUGAAACUGUGUGGAUAUGUAAUCUUCCGUUGUGCAAACUCUCAGAAAAAUGCAUUCCGGAAGAAUCCCACUGAUCCAAAGCUUGCACAUUUGAAGACCAUUCAUACUUCCACGGGAAAGAGCCUGCUUGUUUCUGGAUGGUGGGGCUUUGUUCGCCAUCCCAAUUACUUGGGUGAUCUCAUCAUGGCUCUGGCGUGGUCCCUCCCAUGUGGGUUUACCCACCUCCUGCCUUACUUCUAUGUCAUCUACUUCACUGCGCUGCUUAUCCAUCGCGAGGCCCGUGAUGAGCAUCAGUGCAGGAGGAAGUACGGCCUGGCCUGGGAGAAGUACUGCCAGCGGGUGCCCUACCGCAUAUUCCCCUACAUUUACUGACCUGCGCUGCAUGCCUCACAGUCAGACCGCUCCCAGAAACAAGGGAAAGUCCAAAUGAACUAACUUGAUGCACUGACAGGAUCUCUAGGUUUGUCUUUGAGUCAGGACUAUAGAGCGAAAUAGUACAUCUUUUAAUGUAGUUGAAUUUAUUCUUAUUAAAGUAUGGCAGUUAAUGUAAGGGGAAUUACAAAGAUGGUAUAAUUUGCUUAUUAAUAGGAAAAUUUUAAUCCCUAAAAAUCUGAACUUUUGUUUUUGUAGGUUUUUUUCAAUUUUUCUUUUUGCCAUUUGAUUUUUCUUAAUUGAAAACUCUUAAAGUACAUCUACGUUUCAUUGUGCUUAGAACAGAAUUCUCUUUAUGUCAGUUUAUUAGUCUAUAAAUCAAGCAAAAUGCAGCCCGAUAUUGGUGGUGUAUGUGAAUAAUAAGGGCAGAUUGCUUGCAGGAUCUUUUUAAGGGAGACCAUUCAUAGCAGUGACUCCACCUCAGCCUUUGGAAAUACAAAUACAUAGACUACUUUUAUGUAAUAUAUGGUGACUUUUGAUUUUUUUCUGUACAGUUUUUGAAUGUGAGAUAAUUGUCAGAAACGAAGUAGUUUUUUAACAAAAUAUUUUCAGUGUUUUAAAUUAAGUUUUGUAAAGUAGUAUGGAUUUAAAAGUGUAAAGCAAUUACCAUUCAUUUAAAGUUAAAACAUAGGAAAGUUAUUUUUCUUUAUCCAAAGUUUGUGAAUUUGGCUUUGCUACCUCAAUUUGCAGGUCUGUGUUUGCCUUUAUAAACUGUUGCAAAUAGAAAAAAAUAUAUAUUUUUGGAGUAAGAGCACUAUUUAAACAUUUUUACACACAUUGGUGUUGGAAAAAUUGCCAUUUUAGGCUACUAUUUUUAUAUAUUUUUUGACUUACAAUUCAACAGUGUUUUUGCUACUGUUUAGCUAGUACAGUUUAUACUAUUUUGUAUCCUUUAUGUUUUUAGAACUCUCUAGAAAGGGGUUCUACCUGAUACAGCUUUCUGUUUUCUCUCUCAGUUUAAUAGAUGUGUAUAAGCUGGUUGUAGCCUUCAGUUCUAGUGAGGUUGAUUAGUUUCACAGUCACUGUCGCAGACGGAGUAGGACAAGUGCCAAGCUCACUAGGCUUUUUUAUUCAAAGCUAUAUUGUCUUCAGAAUAGACAUAAGGAUGCAAUACAUAUAGUGUGUACAUUUGGGUUUCUAGUACACAUACCACCUAUGAGGCAGAUGCACAGUGUUCAGGUCACCCUACCCUGUAGCUUAGAGUGUCUUAAAGUGAGCUGUGCUCGUGGGACCGUGACGUGGAACACUCUGCAGUCUGUGACUCUUUGCUGUUUUACUAGCCCGAAGGUCUUCAGAGGUGUUUGCUAGCAUGCCGCCUUUUCUCCUGGUAUCUCAUGGUGUGUGCUGAUAAGCUUACAAGGAAGCUUUGGGUUCUUUGCCUGGCAGUGAAAGGGCGGGCGGUGCUGCAGGAUCUGGAUACCAGGUGCAAGUUGUUUUUAAUUUGAUGUUUGGCAAGCUUUGUAAUAAAAUUUUGGUUGGAAACAAAAAGUUGAAAAUAAAGAGUUGCUGUUA